AUGGCGCUUGUCGACAUUAAUAAACAGAUGUCGUUCGUUUUCAUUGCUUUCAUUCUAGUACAUGAGAAAUGCGUUCUGAACUGCAGGCCUAAAGGUGUUAACCUGUUAAAGCGCUGGGCAGAUAAAGUGGUGGACGGAACAACAUGCACUUUGGACUCGUAUGACAUUUGUGUGGAUGGAAGAUGCGAGAAACUCGGUUGCGAUCUUAUUUUGAAUUCCAAUGCAAAAGAGGAUAAGUGUCGAGUUUGCAAUGGUAAUGGAGAUACCUGCAGAACCCAUAGCGGAGUCAAUACGGAGGAAGGCGAUGGAUACAAAGAAAUUGUGGUGAUUCCUGCCAGUGCGACGAAUAUCAACAUCCAAGAAACAGCGCCCUCGUCACAUUUCCUGGCUCUUUCUGACUCAUUCAGAAAUUACUUCUUAAACGGUGACUACGUCAUUACAAACCCCGCGAAGCACAAAAUAGCUGGCACCGUGUUUACUUACGAGCGAACCAGGUUUGGACAAGAGAGAAUAUUUUCUUUGGGGCCUACAGCUGUUCCUGUGCACGUUGAGGUUCUUUUGCUGGGAGAUGAGAAGAAUCCUGGUAUUUCGUACGAGUAUUCGGUACCAACAUCAGUGACGACACUUCCUGGACGCACUCAGUUUUCCUGGCGGACUGACGAGUUUGAAAAGUGCAGCGCAUCGUGCGCUGGAGGGGAGCAAAAAAGACGUGUGUUCUGCGUUCGUGACGACAAUGGAGAAGACGUUUCCGACUCAAACUGUAAUGAUGACGAGAAACCAUCCAAUAAACAAAGCUGUAAUUCCCAGCCUUGUCCGGCCAGCUGGUUUGUGAGUGUCUGGAGUCCUUGCUCUGUCACAUGCGGUCGCGGCAAACAGGUCAGACGGGUUCACUGUCAGCACACCGUUGAAGGCGGAGAAACCAUCAUGAUCCCGGAUGAGCGAUGCCCAGGUCUCAAACCGAUUUUUAUGCGCGACUGCCAGAUGGAAAAGAGCUGUCCUGGAUGGUCAGUUGGUCAAUGGUCAGAGUGUUCUGUGUCGUGUGGCUUGGGAACGAGAAGUCGUGACGUCACGUGCAAGACGCUGGAAACAAAACUGGUUUUGCCGUUAGAGAGCUGUAACCCUGCUUUGAAACCUAAGGAGACGGAGAAAUGUAAUCCAGGCCCUUGUACUGUCACAUGGUUGGCGUCGAACUGGAGCGAGUGUUAUCCAAAAUGUGGCAAGGGAAUGAGUACGAGGAUGGUUUACUGCGUGGGCAUCUCCAACAAGGAGCAGAAGUAUCCGGAUGAACUGUGCGAUAAUUCGUCUCGACCAAUCAGCAAGAAGGAGUGUUUCAGUGAAGAAGUUUGCCCAGCCAUGUGGCACGCGUCACAGUGGAGUAAGUGCACGGCUUCCUGUGGUGCGGGCAUGCAGAUGAGAAAUGUGAUGUGUGCUAAAAAAGAGGGAGCCAAAAUCCUGAGAAUCUUAUCCAAUGAUCAGUGCAACAAAGACAAGGAGAUGAGUGGAGUGCAAAAGUGUUCUGUGAGACCCUGCCAGGCUGGAUGGUAUAUAUACCCCUGGGAGGAAUGUUCCAAGACUUGCGGCCAAGGAUUGAGGCGGAGAAGUGUGAAGUGUUUUGCUGACUCACAGGAAGACACCGAAGGAAAAUGGUGUAAGACACAAGACAAACCUGCCUCGGAAGAAGUGUGUUUCGAGGAAGAGUGUCCCGUUGUAACAACACCAAGAAGGACCACGAUGACAACAACAAUACCGACGACCACGACAACAACGACAACUGUUGCUUCUAGCACUACAGAGAGUACAACUACAGAUGCGCCAUCUACUCCAAGCUCUUCUACAACAGAAGCUCCUACCACUACUACCCAACACCACAGUACUACCCCACCGCCAACGACUACCCCAGCCCCUACAACUACUACCAAGCCAACCACUACCGCUCGACUAUCUAGUACUACCUCACCCCCCACUACAACCUCACCCGCCACUACUACACCAGUCCCCACUACCACGACCAAACCCCUAACAACAACACGAGGAUAUCAACCAGCCCGGAUUAUGCAGCCUCCAAAGGAUAUAAUGGCGUAUGUUGGCACGGAAGUGUUGUUCCGUUGCCGAGCAACGGGCCUCCCAACUCCCGUCAUCAGCUGGCGUAAAGGCUCCAUACCCGUGAGCAGUCUGGAACUAGACAGAAUACAGAUGCUUCCCAACGGCGACCUCAGGGUAGCAAAUAUCACCGAGGAAGACAAUGAUGUGUACACGUGCAUUGCAACGAACUUUGUUGGACCAAUGGAAACAAAGGAAGCGCGUUUGGCUGUAAUAGUCCCAGUGUCAGUCUCCGUGUCACCAAAUAAUGCGACCGUGAGUCCUGGUGACGAUGUUGAGAUCACCUGCUCAUCACGUGGUACACCAAGACCAAUUGUAGAGUGGUACAAAGACGAUAGCUUUAUCAGAGGUCAAGGCAGAAUGAGAGUAUCAAGGACUAGUGUCAUUAUUACACAAGUACAGCCCUCUGACAGUGGUUACUAUCAAUGCCAAGCCCGUCACAACUAUGGCUCGGCCAGCGACAAAAUGUAUUUGAACGUCAUCGAUAAAAAAGAGCCUACUGAACCUCCGUUUAAAUGCGAAGACAAUCCAUACAUUGCUCAUUGCCAAGUUGUUCGACAAGUUAACUACUGUUGCAUCCCUUAUUACCAGAAAGCUUGUUGUAAAACCUGCGAAGAUCUUCUGCCAGACUGUAAUAAUUAAAAUUGCCCGAAGGAUUAUUUCAGAUCAUCCUUCUGCAGUCCCUUUUGCAUAACGAAACAGUCUGCCCAUGCCAAGUCUAAGGAGGCGCGCCACUUUAAAACUGCCACUAAACUGUUUUGAGCACCAAAACCUGUUACGGCAAGAAGAGCUGCAUUAUACUUCUUUCGUAUUACUUGCUACAUAUAAACCACUAGAUCGAUAAUAUACAGAGCAAAAAACAUCCGAACCACUGACUGGGAAAGUGCUUUGCGUCAGGUUCGAGUAAAACCUUUUUUCUCUCUUUUAUCGAUCUCUGGGAAGCAAAGCACUUCAGAAUUUUAGUUAAACUCCCUUUACAUCAGCUUUAAAACACGUUUUUGUUUACCAAAGUAUUGUUACUGUUGUCAUGCGUUUUUAUGAGAUUGCAAACUCCAUUUAAGAAAUAUCACAGCUAGCCACGGGUACAUCAAGGAUAUUCUGACAAGUGGGGUUGUAAGUAUGACCGCGAAAGUUGAGACCUCAGAGGUAAUCUCCGCUCCAGAACAACACAAAUACAACGACUUCUUUUCAGCGGAUAGGAGGAGGUUUGUAGCAAUACACUACUCGCCUCCCCUACCCUCUGAUCAAUUAGAGGAUGAGGCCAGGGUGCUUUUUUACGCUGACUGAAUAGCCUUUGAUGAUGCCCUUUUGUUUGCAAACCGAAAAUUUUAUAAAAAUAGCUUUCUUCUCAACCUCCCCAUAAGUUGCUAACGUCUAUCGCAUGUUGUAAUAAGCUUGAUUUGUAAUACUUAGCCACAGUUGGUAUAUUCCUUGUAUAAAGUAUAACAACAGAAGUGGUUUUUAGGGUCAGCUGAAGAGCGAGUGUCGCUAAUAGAUCAAUUUUGAUAUUUUAAAAUUCAGCCUAAAACAAUAGACCUCAGCGCGAGGCUCCAGGGAAUCUAUGCAGUUAUUCCCCGGAGCCUAGUGCUGAGGUCUAUUGUUUUAAUAUAUCGAAAUUGGUCUAUUGUAUAACACACAUGUCCAGGCCCCGCGCAACUCUCCCUUGCUUGGUGAAGGUCUGUUCCCAGGGGUUUUGGGUAGUAAUAGUGACGACAUUUCACGACCAAACUAAGAGAAUUCAAACGGCUGAAACCCAACCAACUAAUGACAAAUGGCUUGAAAUCUUAACUGACUAAUCGUAUUACCUUGACCAAGAUAUCGUUGCUGAUACAUAAACUAACAAAUUGAGAACAUUUAGCGGACAAUCUUGAAGUUAGGUUGCGUGACUCAGAAGUUUACAGCUCCGUCACUUGCUCUUCGUUGAACCCGACAAAACCGCCUGUCUUGAAGAGAAAUAUUCAAUAACCCUUAUUUAAUCUUAGUGUAUACGUUUUUCAAAUAAACAUCUACGAAAAAAAA